CUGAGUGAGUGUCAGCGACGUCAUUUGGUCUGCAAAAAUUGUGCAAGUUCACCUGCCGCCAAAUACUCACCCAGGGAUUUUUAUUUUUUUUGGUUGCUGACUUCGUUCACUUUUGCAAUCACUCAUUGACAGCCAUGGUCGCCGUCAUUAAACCAGACAUUAGUGGUCCAGCUACCUCCAACACCACAGUUACCGAUGCAUCACCUGCAACCGAGAGAAUCAAGAAGUUUUUUGAAGACAAGGACUGGAAGUUUUACGCCGCUGUUUUCGCUGGCGUUGCUGUCGCUGGUGCCGGUGCUUACUAUUUAACUGCUGGCUCAUCGUCCAAGAAGCAAAAGAAGUCCUCUUCUUCCAAGAAGAAGGAGGCUGACGAAGCUACUGGCAAAGGAAAAGCGCCUGCCUCUGAUGCAACCGGCAAAGCUGACAAAACCUCUGAACCAUCAUCUGUUGAUGGCUGGGUUAAUAUGACUCCUGAAGCAAUUGCAUCGCUUACUGACGCUGAUCGCGCUGAAGCUGCUGGUGCCUUGAAGGCUAAGGGAAACUCUUUCUUUAGUAGCAAAAAGUAUCAGGAGGCUAUCGACUUCUAUACUCAAGCUAUCCUUUUCAAGCCGGAUCCCAUCUUCUAUUCCAACCGUGCUGCUUGCUACGCUAAUCUUGGAAAGAGCGAUGAAGUCAUUGCUGAUUGCAACGAAGCUUUGAAAUUGGACUCUACUUAUAUCAAGGCAUUGAACAGACGUGCACAGGCUUUGGAAAAGAAGGGCAAUCUUUCGGAUUCACUUUAUGAUUUCACUUGUGUCUGCAUUCUUGAUGGUUUCAAGAAUGAGACUGCUGCUAAGGCUAUGGAACGCUUGUUGAAGAAGGUUUCCGAGGAGAAAGCAAAGGAGUUGAUCAAGACCAAGAAGCAAAAGUUGCCAUCACCUACCUUUGUCUCAGCUUAUCUUGAUUCUUUCCACCAAGAUCAAACUCCCAUGACCUCCACUGAAGAUGGAAGUGGUGAUGCUUAUUAUAACCGUGCCCGUAAGGCAUUGCAGGAAAAGAAGUAUGAGGAGGCUAUGGAUGCAUUUGAUAAGGCUGUUGAGUUGGGAUGCUCGCAACAAGCUCAGGCUCUCAACAUGCAGGGAACAUUUGUCUUCUUGAAGGGUGAUACUAAGGGUGCCGUUGCUGCAUUCAACAAGGCCAUCGAGCUUGAUCCCAAAUACGUCCAAACUUAUAUCAAGCGUGCCAGCAUCUAUAUGGAGCAAGGUGACAUCGCUGCUACUUUCAAGCAAUUCGAAGAUGCCAUUGGUAUUGACGCUAGCAACCCUGAUAUUUACUAUCAUCGUGGACAAGUUAACUACAUCAAUGGUAACUUUGAAGCUGCCGCCAAGGAUUACAGUGAGAGCAUCAAGUUGGAUGAUUCAUUCGUCUACAGCCAUAUUCAGCUUGGUGUUGUUCAAUACAAGCUCGGCUCUAUUUCUUCUGCUAUGGCAACUUUCAAGAACACUCUCAAGAAGUUUGAAAACAAUGCAGAUGUUCAUAAUUAUUAUGGUGAACUUUUGGCUGAUCAACAAAAGAUCGAGGAGGCUAUGGAGAUGUUUGGCAAGGCUGUGGAACUUGAUGCUAAGAACCCAUUACCUUAUAUUAACAAGGCUAUGUUGAUGUAUCAAGUCAGAGGUGAUGUUCAACAAGCUAUGGAUCUUUGCAAGGGAGCCUUGGAAGCUGAUCCUCUGUGUGACGCCGCCGUUGCAUCUUUGGCUCAAAUUUUGUUGGAGCAAGGUCAGCCUGCUGAAGCUGUACGUUAUUACGAGAUGGCUAUCGAUCUUGCCAGAACGGAGGCUGAACUUGAACACGCUAUUUCGUAUGUUGAAGCCACCAAGACUCAAAUCCGAUUUGCUCAAGAAUAUCCUAGCGCUGUUCCCAAGCUCAAUGCUCUUAGAGGUUAAACAAUAACCAAAUAUCUUCAUUUAACAAAGUUUUUUUUUCCCCCACCAUUUUAUUACAAUUAAAAAUAAAUCCCCUCACCGCUAACGAUGAAAAAUGAAACAACUUCUUUAGUGCGUUUUUUACCUUCCAAAGCCGGUAGACAGCACUGUUAUGCGG